CUUUUUCUAUCUGUCCGUUAACUUUCCUCGCACUUCUUCUUUCUCUGAUCUGAAAUCCAAUGCCGUGAACCCAUCAAAACAACAACCAAAAUGUCAAAACGCAACCACACAACCGACGUUGGCUCAAUAGCCUACGUCAAUCUCAGCGAUCUGGGCGCCGGCAAGGAAGGCUGGUUGGCCAACGACCCCAACCUCCUCUGCGCCUUGGACAUCCACUCCAUCGCUCUCUCCAACAAAUUUCUUAUUUUCAUUAUCAAUUGGGCCGACCCGGAUGAUUCUGGACUCCGAACCAAGAUCCGACCCGACCUUUCCCCCAUCGAGGCCGAGUACAUUACGGCCAUAGAGUGGUUGGUAUUUGACGAAAUUAGAGUAAUUGCUGUUGGAACUUCAAGAGGGUACAUGUUGGUCUUUGAUUUGAAUGGCGGUUUGAUUCACAGGCAGUUGGUUCAUUCUGGGCGGAUUUUGAAGUUGAGGGCUCGUGGAACUAAGAGUGGUUUGACUUAUGAGUCAUCAUCUUCAGAGGAGGUUUGUGUUGUUAUGCCCGGUGUGAUUGCUCGUUUUGAUGGUUCUGAUAUUCAGAGAAUGCUGCAAAAGUGGUUUCAAGAAACAAAUUCUAACUUUUGGGAUCAGAAACGGCGAGAUUCGGAAUAUUUGGGGAAUUCUUCAGAGAGAUUGCCUUACCAAUUGUGGAAUGUCAACAAGUAUGGGCCAUGUGCUGAUGCAGCUAUUACUGGCGUAAUGCCUCCACCACUGAUGGAAUUACAGUCAAGUCAACGAUAUUACUGUGCAGUCACUAUUGGAGAAGAUGCUGUGAUUUCAGCAUUCAGACUUUCAGAAGAUAGAAGCAGGUCAUUAGUUGGAGCUAUUUUAUCAAAAGUUGUGCCUGCAGCUUUUUCGACAAUUGCUUCUGUUUCUAAGAUGAUUUGGUGGAGUGAAAGUUCACCAACAAAAACAGAACCAAAGCCACAGCCAUUUGCUCGAGCUUCCCCUUUGACAUGUUUGAAAGAUUAUCCUAGAAAGGGUGAAAAGCUCACACUAUCACCUAGUGGUACAUUAGCUGCAAUAACAGAUUCACUGGGUCGUAUAUUGCUCUUAGACACUCAGGCACUUGUAGUCGUGCGUUUGUGGAAGGGUUAUCGUGAUGCUAGUUGUGUAUUUAUGGAGAUGCUAGUCAAAAGAGACACCGCAUCAUCAAGUUCUGCAUAUCAUGUACCAGAGAAGAGUGAUUAUUGUCUUUGUUUAGCUAUUCAUGCACCUAGAAAAGGAAUUAUUGAGGUCUGGCAGAUGAGAACAGGACCGCGUCUCUUAACAAUUCAGUGUGCCAAAGGUAGCAAAAUUCUGCAACCCUCCUAUAGGUUUGGAUCGUCAAUGACCUCUUCUCCCUAUGUUCCCCUGGAAGUUUUCUUGUUAAAUGGAGACUCUGGUCAAUUAUCAGUUCUGAAUCGAUCCCUUAGUUGAGUUUUUGAAGAACAAUAUUCUUUGUUCCUAAUUUCCUUAUAUAAAAUGACAUAUAUCUCUGAUUGCACUUCACUUUUUCAAAAUCUGAAAUGUUCCACUUGAUGUAUAAAUAUGCAAGAAUGCUCUGUGCUAUUGAAUCUGUAAAUUUCUCCAUUGCUGUUACUCCAAUUUCUUGAUGAUAUAGCAUACCAGCCUAGCAAAUAAGUAUAAAAAUAUUUCCCUUGACAUGUGAUCU